CUCUGUUGGUGUGUGCUGCUGACACAAGGUCAGAGCUGUUAGGAUCACUCAGCUCAUUGUGUACCGAAAGAGCUGGGACUUCCUCAUCUUCAUGGUGAGGCCAGCUUUUCUCAACCCUUCGAUUAGUUGAGCCCAACAGUGGAAGUCCCACAGAGUCUGGACAUGUGGUGAUUAUCCCCACUGGAAGGAACAUACUGUAGUUCUCUCCCGGAUAUCAGGAAAUCCCUUAUGGAAUAGUCUGUGUGGGUCUGUUUGGAUUCAUUGGAUCUGGAUUGAAGGAGUCGUUUUUGGGAGAGUAUGUUACCCAUGCUGGUAAUGGAGGUGAAAAAGCUUUUUAUCCACUGCCCUACUCAGGUAUGAGUCACAGCCAAGACCCUUACUGGGGCUCCGUCAACAGGGGUACAGCGGACUGGUUUGGUGUGAGCAAGGAUAGCGACAACAGCCAGCGAUGGAGGAGGAAGAGCCUGCAGCACUGCAGCCAUCUCUACGGGGGCCUGAAGCCUCUGGUGAUGAGGGGCAUGGAGCUGCCCACCCAGGACAACCUCUCUCUGGCCGGCACUGAGACCCCUCCUCCCCUCUACCACGCAGCCCACCACCAUAGUCACCAUCAUUAUGGCAUGCAGAGGAUUGUGGAUCCCCUGGCUCGGGGCCGUGCCUUCCGAACUGUGGAAGAGAGAGACGGCUCCAGUGUCCCACCGACUACCGCCAACCCCUGCACGGCCUCCCUCUGCUCCUUUUCCAGCUCCCACUCGGCCCUCGGCAGGUUGCCACGGCGACGCAAACGGGAGUCCGUUGCCGUCAUGACCCUCAAAGCUGCCGCGGCACUGAUGAAGGGCCGCGUAUUAGGUGAAGGAACCACAGGGCGGUAUCGCAAGCGAAGUUUCCUGCCCCCCAGUUUCUAUGAAGACGACACUGCGGACCUAGCCGAUGAUCUGGACACAUCUUUUUUCACUGGCGAGGGUCUGCCAGAUGAGCUCUCCAGCUACGCCGAUGACGUUUUUGAGACGGCAUCGGAGGCUGCGUGCCAGCAGCCGGAUGAGGGCGAACUCACUGGAAGUGCGCUGGACAGGAAGGAACUGGAGAGGAGUCACCUGAUGCUGCCUUUAGAGCGAGGAUGGCGCAAAGCAAAAGAUGGCUCACUCGUCCAACCCAAGGUGCGAGUGAAUCAAGAAGCGGCGAGUCAGGAGCGGGGGCAAAGGAUCUCGGCUCCUGUGAAGAAGUUGUUCGCCCGAGAGAAGAGGCCUUACGGGCUCGGCAUGGUCGGACGCCUUACCAACCGGACGUACCGAAAGCGCAUCGACAGCUUUGUCAAGAGACAGAUUGAAGACAUGGACGAUCACAGGCCUUUCUUUAGCUACUGGAUCACAUUCGUCCAUUUACUCAUCACCAUCCUUGCCGUCACCAUCCAUGGCAUCGCACCUGUGGGUUUCUCGCAACAUGAAACUGUGGAUUCGGUGUUAAGGAACAAGGGUGUGUACGAAAAUGUCAAAUUUGUGCAACAGCAAAAUUUCUGGAUUGGUCCAAGCUCAGAGGCGCUAAUCCAUCUGGGAGCCAAGUUUUCCCCGUGCAUGCGUCAGGAUGGAGAGAUCCACAAGCUGGUGCAGGAGAAGAUGGCCCAAGAGAGAGAGUCGGGCUGCUGCGUGAGGAACGAUCGCUCUGGAUGUUUGCAGACUUUACAAGAGGAGUGCUCGACCACCUUGGCUGUGUGGGUAAAAUGGCCUCAGCACCCCAGUGCUCCUUAUUUGAAUGGGAAACUACGGCAAUAUGGUGCAGUCUGCCAUCAGGAUCCCAGAAUAUGUCAAGAGCCUGCCUCUGUUUCACCUCACCAGUGGCCUGAAGACAUCACCAAGUGGCCAGUUUGCACGCGGUACAAUUUUGUGAACCACACUAACUUCCCCCACAUAGAUUGCGCCAUCACAGGCCGGCCCUGCUGCAUCGGAACCAAAGGACGAUGUGAAAUCACUUCCAGAGAGUACUGCGACUUCAUGCAUGGCUUUCAUGAAGAAGCCACUCUCUGCUCACAGGUGGCGUGCAUGGACGACGUAUGUGGUCUCUUGCCUUUCCUGAACCCAGAGGUCCCAGACCAGUUUUCCCGACUGUGGCUGUCCCUCUUCCUUCAUGCUGGGAUCCUUCACUGCCUGGUGUCAGUGUUGUUCCAAAUGACAGUGCUUCGAGAUCUGGAGAAACUGGCUGGCUGGCUGCGGAUCUCCAUCAUAUACAUGCUCAGCGGUAUCACGGGCAACUUGGCCUCGGCCAUUUUUCUGCCCUAUAGAGCCGAGGUUGGCCCCGCUGGUAGCCAGUUCGGCAUCUUGGCCUGCCUCUUCGUGGAACUCUUCCAGAGCUGGCAGAUCCUUGAGAGGCCGUGGCGAGCAUUUGGAAAGCUGCUCGCCAUCGCUGUCUUUUUCUUCUCCUUCGGUUUGCUUCCCUGGAUCGACAACUUUGCCCACAUCUGUGGUUUCGUCUCGGGGUUCUUCUUGUCCUUUGGUUUUCUGCCAUACAUCAGCUUUGGACGCACCGACAUGUACCGCAAGAGGGUCCAGGUUUGUGUUUCCCUGCUGGUGUUUGCAGCUCUGCUGUCUUCCUUGGCCGUCCUCUUUUACGUUUACCCUGUCAAGUGCGACUGGUGCGAGUACCUCACCUGCAUCCCCAUCACGGACAAGCUCUGCGAGAAGUACGACCUGAACGCAAAUCUCCUUUGACCCAUAUCGCCUGCUCUGGAUGCACCAUUCAUGCUUGGGCACUCGGGUUACGCCACAGUAUUUGGAAAUGAAGAGGUCGACUUCAUUUGAGGUUCUGCUGCGGAACGUGACAAUUUUUGCAAAGAGCUGUCCCACCAUGAAAAAGGAUCCAACUCAAAAAGACUUGAAGCACUUGAUUAAAAUGCCCUGAUUAACUGAUUUGUACAGUUUGGCCAAUGACUCAAAAUGUUCUGUUUUCAUGAUUUCAGCUCACAUUGCUUGUAAUGAGCAGUUUGAAUCUUCUCUUUUUCACAUUUAAAAAAUAAGGGGCAACUGGGUAAAAUUCUGAAGAAGUUAUGUAUGAAUAUUGUAAUUAUUGACAUUUUGCACACAUUUUUUCAAUAAAGAGUAUUUUUCUUUAUAUACAACAGGACCAUUUUAAACAUUAACCAAAGUUAGUGAAACAAGUUUGGCGUUAUAUCCAUGUGACUCAUCUUCUCCACCACCAAUGCCCCCUGACCUGAAUACCUGGAGACUAUCCCAGCUAUCAUCUGGCUGGAGUCGGGGUGGACCCUGAACUGGUCACGAGUCAAUCGCGGGGAACAUGGAGACAGACAGCGGUCGCACUCACUAUCACACCAAUGGGGAAUUUAGAGUGUCAAAUUAAUCUUGCAUGUUUUGGGGAUGUGGGAGGAAACCGGAGUGCCCGGGAAAAACCCACGCAGGCACGGGGAGAACAUGCAAACUCCAAACAGGGAUUCAAACUUCAGUCCUCAAAACUGUGAGGGCAAUACUCU